AUGAAGAGACCGGCUUACGUUUCCUACUGGGUCUUCCCAAUAAUUUCCGGCCUAGUAUGGCUGGGUAUGCUCCUCGGCAUGCUCCUCUCAUGGAUCAUCGACGAAAACUCCCGCCACUACGACACCAUGUCUGAGAGGGCCACCAUCGCCUACAUCAGCAACAUAGGCGCCGAUCGCUUACAGCCUCUCUUCAUUACCGGAUGUACUCUCACGGCUGUAUUUCUCGACGCUGCCUUCAUCGCCGAGCGCUGGCUAAGGCAUAAGGGCCGUCUUGUGCCCAACUCCUCAAAGGGCGAGAAGGCUCUCUCUAUUUUGAGUCUCUUGUUUGCCGUCGUCGGAACUGUGGGCCUCAUUUGUCUGUCCAUCUUUAAGACGGGCACGCAUGGCCGUCUGCACUGGGUCUUCUUGGCACUCUUCAUUAUUGGAUACCUGAUCUCUGCCAUUUUUCUUUGCUGGGAAUACCAGCGUCUCCAAUUCAAAAACCGCGAUUUCCCUGAGCUUCGCCUGUCCUUUUGGAUCAAACUCACUUUCAUUAUCGUCGAACUUGCCCUCCUCAUCGCCUUCGGCGCGUGCAGUAGAACGAGAAACACCAAUGCAGCCGCUGUUCUCGAGUGGAUCAUUUCAUUCAUCUUCAGCUUCUACGUCUUCUCGUUCGUCAUCGACUUAUGGCCGGCUGUCGAGACCAAAGACCCCAGCAAACGACACAAGAAGCUGACCGAGAGAGAGAUGGAGGAGGCUGCGAGCAUCAGCAACAAUUCCAAUUAA